AUGCCGUCUGCGUUCGCGCUGCCCGCCGGCGUGAGCUGGCCACCUUGUAAGGAAUGUCCGACAGGCACGGGCGCCUGCCGCGUAGCGUCUGUGCCAGCCAUUCAGCCUCCAACGGAAAUUAGUGUGAUGCCGGUUCUUUUUUUGACCAAUAAUACUCGUUUUUCUGGCUCUCCAGAGAACCCUGAACCCUGUCAACAUCCUCUACUCCACACCUCCACUCACACUUCUCUGCUGUUACGCUGUAUGUCGACAUGUACGAUGCCGGUAUUCUACAACCUAAGCAUUGCCAGAGUUCUUGAAACAUGUCUAUGCUUGAUAACGUUAUCUUGUGCCCCUGACCGCACCCCAAUUGUCAGGCACCAGAUGCACAAAGGCAAGACUUGCAAGCUUCUUUUCUUUUUUUCAGGUGCAAUUGACUUUACAAGGCAUUACUGCUCUUGA